AUGACUAUUAUAUCGAAUAUAAAUGAAACAAAUUUAACAUCAUUAAUUAAAGAAGGAAUAAAUGUAAGUGAAUUUCUAAGUAGUACAAUGAUGCCAACAAUAACAGCAAAAAUAAUAAUAUCAACAACUACAAAUUCAUUUCUACGUCAAUUUAAUACAACAAGAAUCUAUCCUUUUCUACGUUCACCAAUAAUAACAACAACAACAUCACAAACAUCAUUUUUAUUACAUAAAUAUUUUAUGUUUAAAUCACCAUUUCAUUAUAUAAUACGUAGUAUAGAAUUAUUCAUUUUAAGUUUAACAAUACCAUUAUAUGUUAUUGUUUUUAUACUUUUUAUUGAAUUAACUAUUUUACGUGUAAAUACAAAUACGGCUGUAUCUGGUGGUAAUUCACGUAGUAGAAGACAACGACGUCGACAGCAUAUGCAUAAUCUUAUAUGGACAUCAAAUUAUUUACUUGUUGAUCUUCUUAAUCUUUUAUAUGAAGUUAUUUAUGUUAUUAUACAUUUAUCUGGUCAAUUACCAUUACAAUCAUUUACUGGUCGUUUUUAUUGUCAAUCACAAGUUUAUGUACCAUUAUAUUUAACUGUACUUAUGGCAUAUAGUUUAACAGCGAUAUCAAUUUAUCGUCGUCGUCAUUUUAUUAAUUUAAAUAAACAUAUGAAACAAUCAAAUUUAAUAAGUAUAUGUAUGAUUAGUUCACUUUGGAUGUUACCGAUAAUAACAUCAGUAUUUCCAACAUUUCUAUUAGUUUAUUUAAAUAUUUUAAAAAUAACACAACAUGAAACAACAAAUCAAUGUCAAAUUUCUUAUACAUAUGAAUCAAAUAUGCAAGCUAUGUAUAUAUUUUAUAGACUUGGUAAUGUUUUUCUUUUACCAAUAUCAAUUUCUUUAGCUUGUUAUAUAACAAUAUAUGCUGAUUUAAUACGUAUGCAACAACGUUUUAAUCGAGCAUUUAAACGUCAUGUACAUAUACGAAAAAAUCUUAUAUCACAAAUACUUUUUUUAUUUCUUAAUUUUGCUGUUUUUUGGUUACCUGCUGAAAUUAUAACACUUUAUACAAAAAAUCGUCAUCUUAAAGACGCUGUACAAGUUACAAAAUGUUUAAAUAUUCUUCUUGAUCCAUUAAUUAUUACUGGUUUUGAUACACGUUUUAAAUCAGCUGCUAAACAAUUAUUAUCAACACCAGCUUUUCAUGGAUUUCGACGUUGUUUUAAUAGUAAUCGUCAACAUGAUGAUUCAACAGCAACAGCAACAGCACAAAUAAUACCAAGAAGACGUUUUAAACAUUCACGUCAAAUGACUACAAAUAGUGAACAGAUGACAACAGGUGUUACGUGGAAUAUUGGUAAUAAUGAUGAUAUUACUGUAUUAGAAUCGGUAUCAAAUCAUUCGUCACAAAAAAAGCAAAGAACAAGACGACAACAAAAACAACGAUCCAUAUCAUCAAUGAAUCAACGUCCAUUAAAAAAUAGACCACGAACAUCAACACAAAUACGAAUGAAAAUAGUUGAGAAUAAUCAUUAA